AUGAGAGAAAAUAUAGUGUUGUUCGGAGAUUCAAUAACGCAGCAAGCUUUCCAAAAUGGUUGGGGUUCUUCACUCGCCGAUGCCUAUUCUCGCAAGUUAACGUUUCUUUGUCCUCAAACUCUCUCAGAUCAGAUCCAUUUUAUGUAUUUCUCUCUGUAUAUUGCAACUAACAAAUCGGAAAAUCAACUUAAUUUUCAGGCUGAUGUACUUCUUCGUGGCUACGGCGGUUACAACACUAGAUGGGCCUUGUUCUUACUCAAUCAUAUCUUCCCUCUCGGGUCCAGCAAACCGCCGGUUGCUACCACAAUUUUCUUCGGUGCUAAUGAUGCGGCUAUAGCCGGAAGAACCAGUGACAGACAACAUGUACCUCUUCCAGAAUUCAAACAAAACCUCCAAAAAAUAGUCAACCACUUGAAGUCGAGCUCGCCAACUAUGCUUAUAGUGCUUAUUACUCCACCUCCAGUUUGUGAGGAAGGGCGUCGAGCAUUUGCCAUAUCCUUAUAUGGUGAUAAUGCUCGUAAAUUGUCCGAAAGAACAAAUGAAGUUACCGGUGAAUAUGCAAAAGUAUGUGUUGAUACAGCUAAGGAAAUGGGUGUGGCGUAUAUCGAUUUAUGGUCCAAAAUGCAAGAAACAGAUGGCUGGCAAAAGAAAUUUUUAAGGGAUGGGUUGCACCUGACAGUAGACGGAAAUGAAGUUGUAUAUCAAGAAGUGAUCAAGGUGUUCAAUGAGGCAGGACUUUCUGCUGAUAAAAUGCCAUUGGAUUUUCCUCACCACUCUAAAAUUGAUCACAAAAAUCCUGAGAUCGCUUUCCAGCAGAAUAUUUGUGAUGCCUCAUUAUAG